GUUUUUAAGGUGACGUUCUCGAUCAAUGGUCGGAAAUACACAGUUAAAGCUGAAGACGUUCCGCUGGACACGUCGUUGAAUUCAUACAUUCGCAACUAUGCUUAUCUCUCUGGUACGAAAUUCAUGUGUCUCGAGGGAGGAUGCGGCACUUGCAUCGUCAACGUGUGCGGAGUGCAUCCUGUCACCAAGGAGACCCGUUCCUGGUCGGUCAACUCAUGCCUUUUUCCCAUAUUUUCCUGCCAUGGUAUGAGCAUCAAAACGGUCGAGGCAUUGGGCAACAGAAAGGACGGGUACCAUCCGAUACAGGAGCGGUUGGCGCACAUGAACGGGAGCCAGUGUGGGUUUUGCUCACCAGGCAUGGUGAUGACCAUGUACAGCCUGAUGGAAGCCAAGAAGGGGACUAUUUCGAUUCAAGACGUCGAGAACUCGCUCGGUGGCAACAUCUGCCGUUGCACUGGCUAUCGUCCGAUUCUUGAUGCGUUCAAGUCACUCGCAUCCGAAGCAUCCGAGAUCGAGCUGCCCGACAUAGAGGAGCUGCAGAUAUGUCCGAAAACGAACGUCGUGUGUUCGGCACAGUGUCCAGCUGUUUCUUGCGAAGUUGAACUACAUCGUCCUGUGCAUUUGGUAUUCAGAGACGAUAAGGAAUGGCACAAAGUUUACACAUUAUUUGAAAUAUUUACUUUGCUGGCUUUAAUCGGUUCGAAACCGUACAUCUUACUGGGAGGAAAUACUGCUCAUGGUGUGUAUCGGCGGAGUACAUCGUUGCAAAUUUUCAUCGAUAUAAACUCUGUAGAAGAGCUGCGAAAUCACUACUUCAGCUUCAACCAACUGGUUAUCGGAGCAAGCACCACCCUAUACGAACUCAUGGAAAUACUAAGCAAAGCCGCCAAAACCAGGCCCGGGUUUGGGUAUUGCCAACAGAUCGUAAACCACCUGGAGCUAGUGGCAAGUCCUUCCAUACGAAAUGUCGGAACCAUUGCUGGAAACCUCUCCAUAAAAAAUCAACACCCGGAGUUUGUAUCCGAUGUGUACAUUCUACUGGAAGCUGCAGGAGUAAAGUUAACCAUUGUUGAAUCAUUAAUUAUUUCCUAUGAUAAAACACCUUCGGAGUACGUGAGGAUGGACAUGACGAAGAAGCUUUUGAAAAGCAUUACUUUUCCAUCGAUCGAUCAAGAAACAAACAUUUUUCGAUCGUACAAAGUUGCUGAGCGUGCUGAGAAUGCAAUAUCUUAUGUGAAUGCCGCAUUUCUGCUGAAACUAAACACCAGUAAUACGAUUGUCAGCAAGGCGACCCUCUGCUUCGGGGGCAUCAAUCCUAAGUUUACGCAUGCUGCUCGAACUGAACAGCUUAUUAUUGGCAAGAAGCUGUUCAAUAACGCGACCAUUCAACAAGCCCUCAGCAGUCUCGCUGCAGAGCUUGAGCCCGAUUCAGUGCUGCCAAACGCGUCGGCCGAGUAUCGCAAGGGACUCGCCGUGUCUCUAUUCUACAAGUUUAUACUCAAUGUCGCGAUGGACAAAAAGAUUGCUAUCAACCCUCGGUUUCAAUCCGGCUCCACCAUGUUAGAGCGUCCUGUUUCGUCUGGUCAACAGCACUACGAUACGAUUGAGAAAAACUGGCCCGUGACGCAAUACGUCCCGAAGCUCGAAGGAUUGGCUCAGGCGUCGGGCGAAGCGAAAUACACGAAUGACUUUCCUCCAUUUCCGGAUGAGUUGUAUGCUGCGUUUGUCGUAGCAACCAGGCCGAAUGCAGCGAUCGGGAAAAUAGACGCUUCAGAAGCAUUGCGUUUACCCGGAGCAGUUGCUUUUUAUUCUGCUCGAGACAUUCCUGGUACGAACAAUUUUGUUGCACAUGGCAUGACUAUAGCUUUUCCGGAUGCAGAGGAGAUAUUCUGUAGUGGACGAGUGUUAUUCCACGGGCAACCUGUCGGGGUUCUGGUGGCCAAACAGUUCGAUCAAGCAGUAUAUGCCGCAAAACAUGUGAAAAUUAUCUACGAACGCUUCUCUGAAGAACCUGUUUAUCCAACACUCAAGUCUGUACUGCAUAAUUGGCCAAGGCAGCGCAUUGUAAAUCCUCCGAUCAGCACAACCGAUGCAGUAGCAGGAUCAGCAGAAACGGCGGAAACCCUCAUCGAUGAAACAACUCAACGAAUUCAAGGGACCUUGGAGAUAUAUGGGCAAUAUCAAUUUCCACUCGAGACUCAAUCCUGCAUAUGUGUCCCCAGCGAGGAUGGCAUGGAUAUCUUUGCCGCGACACAGUGGAUUAAUUUGUGUCAGGUAGCCAUCGCCAGUGCGCUUAAAAUUCCGGAAAAUAGUCUUAACUUUAACGUACGUCGUGUGGGUGGCAGUUAUGGAGCUAAGCUAACUCGUGCCAGCCAGAUUGCAUGUGCUUGUGCCCUAGCAGCACACCUCACGAAACGUCCAGUGCGCUUUGUAAUGACUAUGGAAGCAAAUAUGGAAUCAAUAGGAAAGAGAUUCGGAUGCAUCAGUAACUAUGAGGUGGACGUGAACGCCAAGGGAAAGAUCCUCAAGCUCUCAACUGAAUUCUUGCAUGAUUAUGGAUCGAGUUUGAACGACGAUGUGAUUAGAUACACAAAUGAAGCUUUUGCAAUAUCGUAUAUGUCUAGCACGUGGAAGUACGAGGGAAAAGCCAUAAUCACGGACUCUCCGUCCAACACAUGGGCGCGAGCUCCUGGUUCAACGCAGGGUAUUGCCACUAUCGAAACGAUCAUGGAGCAUAUCGCAUGGAUAACGGGAGUUGAUCCAAUGCAAGUUCGGUUAAUUAAUAUGUCUCCAGAGUGUAAGUUGCAGCAGCUUUUACCCCAAUUCCGACAAGAAGUUGAGUAUGAUAAAAGGAAACAAUUGGUUGAUGAAUUUAAUGCAAAUAAUCGGUGGCGCAAGCGAGGCAUCGCAAUGGUUCCGAUGCAGUAUCCAUUUGAGUACAUAGGAGCAUUUCACGUUUUAGUGUCUAUUUUCGCAAAGGAUGGUACUGUGGCGAUCACCCAUGGAGGAAUUGAAAUAGGACAAGGCAUCAACACAAAGGCAGCUCAGGUUGCUGCCUUCAUAUUGGGGAUACCAUUGGCGAAAAUCGCCAUCAAACCGACGACCAUUGUGACAUCUCCUAAUGCUGGGCCAACUGGUGGGAGCAUGACAAGUGAGGCCGUUUGUUACGGCGUAAUACAAGCGUGCGAAAUUCUCAAUGCGCGUAUUCAACCCAUCAAGAACGAGUUCAAAAAUGCACCUUGGGAGAAGAUCACUCAGAUCUGUUACACAAGAGACAUCGAUCUCAGCGCCCUAUUCCAUUACAAGAACGAAGACCUCAAGGCCUACAGCAUCUUGGGUGUGAGUUGUGCAGAGGUCGAGGUGGACAUUCUCACGGGAAACAUCCAGCUGAAGCGUGUAGACAUUCUGGAGGAUACGGGCGAGAGUCUAAGCCCGGGGAUCGAUGUCGGUCAGAUCGAGGGAGCAUUCGUGACGGGCAUAGGAUACUGGCUAACGGAGUCGUUGGUCUAUGACAUGGCCAGCGGUGCACUGUUGACAAACCGCACCUGGAACUAUAAGCCCCCGGGAGCAAAGGACAUCCCGGUUGACUUCCGCAUCCGGUUGCUGCAAAAUGGAGGAAAUCCGUUCGGUGUGCUACGAUCAAAGGCUACCGGUGAGCCAGCUUUGACCAUGAGCGUAGUUGUGGUGUUUGCUCUCAGGUAUGCUCUGCGAUCGUCUCAGAAAGAUGCAGGGCGACUGGACGUUUGGAUUCCUCUUGGAUCGGCAUCGACACCGCAGCAAAUAUUUCUCAAGGCAUUCAAUACCGCAGAACAAUACUUAUUGAACUAA